AUGGAUCAUUCUCAGCCUGGCAUAGGUGCAUGCAGUAGAGGACGUGCCCGUCCUAUCACCGCCAGCAGAGGAGAUAGGAUAGAGCUUGUGAUGCCUCCCACACGCUUAUCAUCCUCCCCCUCUACUACCGACUCUGUUAUGGGUCCCAUUGGUCUUCCUCCCACUCCUCCUACACUUUUGGGCGUGCCCGAGCAGGAUCCGUCCCCUUCCUCUUGUGUGGGAGAUACUUCUUUUGCCGAGGAGCCAUUGUGGGGAUCAGUUGAUCCCGUCACCAAAAAGGUUUGGAUUCGUCCGUUAGGGAAAACCGAGUUCUACCCAUAUAAAGAACCCAACAAAUACCUGAACAAUAUGAUUUUUCGAAAUUACACCCACACAUGGGGUUUUUGGAAAGAUGUUCCACCCAACCAAAAAGAUGCUUGGCGUGAUUCUUUCUUGAACAACUUCAGGUGGUUGCCCGAACACCGUGCCGAUUUGAUAGCUGCUUUCAAAUUUAAGGUUGGAAAAGGGUAUGCUAACAAAAUGCACAAUUUGAGGUAUGACAAGGGUGAUAACUCUUGGUGUCAUUCUGAAGCUAAGCGUAUCAUGUUGGAAAACUGGGCUGUAGAUGAGGGCUUUCAGGCAAGGUCCGCCCGAAACAAGCAGAAUAGGUCGCACAUGGAAGAAGGCACUUAUGUUGGCGGCUGCAUUUCUAUCUCCAAGCAUAAGAGAAGAAUUCAAGCUUCUGGGGAGGUGCCCCCAGAUCAGGUUGAGUUUGCUACAUUUCAGAGAACCCACACACAAGAGUCUGAAGCAGGGACUCGACGGUGGCUUAACAACACAUCUAGACAAAUAGCGGAGGGAUUCCAAAAGCUCCAAGAGGAGACACAAACACAAGUGACAGACGAUGGAACCGCCUCCUCUCAGGUCGAUAGCAAUGAACUCUUCAUUAAGGCGACUGAGCCAUUUAAUAAAAAGGGAAGAAUUUUUGGCCUAGGAGCAUCUGCUAGCAGCAUGAAGAGCACCAAGCGCCCCUCCAGACAACUUCCAAGUGUUUCCGAAGAUGAGCUUGCUGUAAUGCGAGAAGUGACAGCUAAAUUGGAGGCAGAAUUGCAGCAACAAAAGGAGCAAAAAGAAAAAAUGGAAGCCGAAUUACAGCAGCAAAGGGAUAAAAUGGACACCGAGCUAAGGUUUGAAAUAAAUUAA